AUAUGACACUCCUCCAAGGGGAUUCAUUCAGUAAGCAAGUCAAUGCUAUGCCCCCCUAAUUGCCUUUUUUGAUGCCCAAGGCACAUAAAUACCCCUCUAUGAAUGGUAAGCCAGUGUUUCGUAAUCCAGCUAGUCAGAACCUCCGAGCUAACGAGAGGUAAAACCAUGGCUCUUAGAGCAGUAAUACUGGCGGUGAUUAUUUCUGUCACAAUUGCUGCACCAACUGAAUAUGCAAGAGGUCCACCAGAUGUCGUGCAAGGCCUUAGAGGUCCACCAGAUGUCGUGCAAGGCCUUAGAGGUCCACCAGAUGUCGUGCAAGGCCUUAGAGGUCCACCAGAUGUCGUGCAAGGCCUUAGAGGUCCACCAGAUGUCGUGCAAGGCCUUAGAGGUCCACCAGAUGUCGUGCAAGGCCUUAGAGGUCCACCAGAUGUCGUGCAAGGCCUUAGUGAUCCACCAGAGACCGAGCAAGGCCUUAGUGAUCCACCAGAGCCCGUGCAAGGCCUUAGUGAUCCACUAGAGCCCGUGCAAGGCCUUAGAGGUUCACAGAAUAAACGUUUUUGGUACCUGUCUCAUUAAAGAGAAUCAUUGUAAUUGC